AGCCGUUGGUAACCGUCGAUAACUGGUCCCAAAUCGUUCCAUUCAAUUUCAAAAGUUUCUGUGCAAAUGCAAGUUUCAGGUAUUCUCUCUCACGAUCCAUCAUGGCAAUUCGUUAUCUCAUUCGUAUCUUGGGUUUUUUUUCCCUCUUCUUCCCCGCAUUUGAAUCUUCAACCUCAGAUAAAGCAAAAGUUCCAAAUUUCGCUUUCAGUUGGUUAAAUGACAACAACACAUUCCAAGCUGGGGAUACUGCAGCCAUAAAGAUCAUAGUACUGGGAGAGUUUGACAGUAAAGGAAAUGCUUCACUUGAUAAGAAUGCUUUCAAUCCUACACUCACAGUGAAUGGGAAGAAAGGAAAUAGUUCUUUCGUUUCUGGGGUUUUCCUGGAUACUGCAGGGGAUACCAGUACCUGGAGAAUUACUUUUGCUCCAAUCAGAGUUGGGGUCUUUAAUGUCUUCAUCAAUGAUGAUCCUUUCAAAGUAUUUGAUUCAUCUCUCCAUUACGAAGCUCUGCCAGGGAAAAUUUAUCCAUCUGUCUGCAUAGCGUCAUGGAUGGGAUUUUUAAAUGAGUUUGAAGCUGGUGAAAGAGCUACUAUUUUCAUUGUUCCUAGAGAUGCAUUUGGGAAUGAUGUUUCUUCAACUGGUGAAGAAUUAAAUUCCUAUAAUUUUACAGUUAGUGUGCUUUAUGCGAAUGGUUCCCUUGCCAAUGUUCCAAACAUCACUCACGUUGGUUGGAAUGAGCUUGGGAUUAUUAGCAUUGAGUUUAUUGCAGAAAAAGCUGGAGACCUUUUAUUGCAUGUGAAAGGAGGAAAGCAAACCUUGAAUGGCUCUCCACUUCCGUUGAAAGUGAAUCCAGGUCCUCUAGACAUUUCCAAUUGCCUGCCAAAAUGGAAGUUUGAGACAAAUGCUUGGCAAAUAUUUUCCAAAAUGGAAAUUUUUAUACAUCAACAAGAUCAGUAUGGGAACCUUGUUUCUGGACUAUAUGAAUUUGAUGCUGAUAUUGUUGAAAGAGAGACAAAUCUGACUAUACCAGUUGCAGAUUUGCACUUUGAAGAUGUGGUUCCAGGAAUACAGUUAUUCUCUUUCAGUCUAUUAGAACCGGGAAACUUCUUGCUCACUAUAUCUGAUUUGGAGCAUAAUAGAAGCAUCUCCAAUAUGCCGUUUGCUUAUACUGUCUUUAUAGGUUAUUGUGAUGGAUCAGCCAGCACUGUCAACGGAUCUGGUUUAAAUGAUUCCAUUGCUGGUGAAAUUUCACAGUUUUCAGUCUAUUUGUUUGACAUUUUUCAAUAUCCUGCUUUCGUUGAACUAGGAAGCAUUAAAGUGCAGAUUGUAAGGGAAAAUGAUUCCUAUUAUGUGCAGCCAAGCAUUGUUCCAAUCAUCAAUGGAAAUGGACCUGCUCAAGAACUCAGCCAGACAGAAAUUUCUCCAGCACCAUCUGAUGUUACAAUGAACAUUUCUGCUGGACACUUUGAAGUUGCAGCCAGUGUUUUUCAUGUGAUUUAUACUGCUGAGAAGAGUGGGAUAUAUGAAAUAUAUGCAUUUUGUGGAAAUAUUUUACUGAGUGGUGUUCAAUCAUUCAGAAAGGAAGUUAAAGCAGGUAAGGUUGAUGUAUCUCUUUCAAAAAUUGUGAAAUUUUCUCCCAAGGUGCCAAAGCUGAUUGAAAAUGAAAUGUGGGUGCAACUAAUGGAUUCAUUUUCUAAUCAUGUCUUGUCCCAACAGUCACUGCUAAAACUAGAGAUUGCUGUAAAUAGGUCUGGUUUUUCAACAGAAAUGUUUGUUGAUAAUAAUGAUGGGUCAUAUACUUGUCAAUAUAUGGCUAAGGAUGUUGGAACCAAUGAGAUGUGUGUUUCAUUUGAUGGCUUACAUCUCAUGCCCUGCCCCUUUGGAGUCAAUGUGUAUGGUGGUGAAUAUUUUCCUAAGGCUUAUGAUGAUAAAAUAUCUGUUUGGGAGGAUGAGUCUAUUGCUUUUGAUGUUUUAGCAAAUGACUACUUUGCUGGACAUAAUGCAAGCAUUGUUGAAUUCUCGAAACCAAAUUGUGGUUCACUUUUACAGGAUGGACAGUUCUUUAGAUACACCCCCUAUCAAAAUUAUUAUGGGAAUGACUCUUUUAUGUAUACAAUAUCAGAUGUAAAUGGCAAUCUUGCUUUUGCUACUGUAAGCAUUGAUGUCCUCAAUAUCCCGCCCCAGUUUAUUUCAUUUCCAAGUCAGCUGCAAGCAACUGAGGACAUGAUAAGCCCUAGAUAUGGUGGUUUCUCAGGGUUUGAGAUUAGGUCUUCUGAUCCAAUGGAGAACAUUUCUGUCACUCUUAGAGCAGACUUUGGGACUCUGUUUUUAUCGCCCCUGCUGAUGCAAUUUUGGGAUCCAAUUUGGGGGAAAUUUUUAGUUAAGAGAGAAGAUGAUGAAGCAAAGAGUUUGACCUUAGAGGGAUGUGUAGAUGUGAUGAAUCUAGCACUUCAGUCAAUUCAAUAUCUCGGAAAUGUGAAUUUCAGCGGCAAUGAUACUGUUCGUUUUUCUGCCAACAACAAGAAUGGGAUAAAUGAGAUUGCAGUUCCAGCUUUUGUACAAUCUAUCAAUGAUCCUCCAUUUAUUAACGUCCCCAAAUUUAUCAUAUUAAAGGGAAAGGAGGAUAAGUCGCUGAUCUUUGACAAAGCUAGGGACGAGUUUGAGUUCUGUGUUGGAGAUCCAGAUCUUCUUAAUUUCCCUGGCAAAAAGUCUCUCUUUAUAGUCGCAUUUUCUGUUGAAGUUAAUGAUGGAUUUCUAAUAACCAGCCUACCAGCUGAACUUAUAGAUACAACUGAACUGAAGCUAAUUAAUAACUAUCAGUGGCAACCUCUUCAGACAUAUGUUACUAUUUCAAAACAUUUUAUGGUCAAAGCUCAUGGAAUCAGAUUUAGGGGGACAAUUAAUGAUUGCAACCUUGUCAUGCAACAACUCUCAUAUCAUGGUGGAGAAAAUGGUGCUGUUUUGACGUUGAAAGUAAAUGAUAUGGGAAAUUAUGGUUGUUAUUCUGAUUGUACUGACAAUAUCUCAAUGCCAUUGCACGUUAAGGCUACUGUGAAUCUUAUCCGAAAAAGGCCAAUGAGUUCAUUGGCAGUUCACACCCUUGGAUCAGUUGUUAUUAUUGAAUUUCUUAUGGUUCUCUCUUUUGGAGUAGUACUUCUAUUCUUCACAUGUAAAUGUGCAAUUCUUCUUGUAAAUGAAAGAAGCAGCUUCAAAUUCCAAAACUCUAAGCAGUCUACUCUGCGAAAUUUUCAGAAGGAAUCUUCAAGUGCUGAUUUAUCUGAGAAAACAACUGACUUAACUGGUGGUUGUUCUCGAUAUCUUUCUAUUUACCAUCGAACUUCCAGCUUUCGACAACGCUCUAGCCGUCACUCUGAACUAGCAGAAUCUGGCCAGGAUAUACAUAGCCCCUCUCAAUCUACUAAAGGUCAUCAUCUACAGGCUCUACCUGAUUUUAUGCCACUUGCUAUUGAGAAGGGCUCGUAAACAAGUUGAUCUAUUGUCUAAAAUUAAACCAUUUGAUGUGGACAUUAAUGGAAUUGAGAAGGUAUUUCAUUCAAUUACAACUGUGUUUGCAUCCAAAGAUUUGCGUAUUUAGAAGAUGAUUUAAUUGGAACAUGGCUUUUUUCUUCUUUUCC